AUGCUGACACUGUUUGCCCCUGCUGCCUCUCACUCCCCACCCCACUCCGUCAAGAUCUCCACCACCCGUUCCCACCAUAAAACCCUGCUGGACUCUCCACUGGCGUUGAUCUCUUUGGCGGAAUAUCUUCAUGGUACCGUAUUCCGCUCAUGUCCUCUCCCUUCCCACCGGCCAUUCAUCUCGCAAUCCCCAUGCCGCCCAUCCCUCAGUCUCCCAGUGUUCACAACUCACCUCCCCUGCCCUUGGCCGCAUUCCCCCUCAGCUCUCCCCUCAUUGCACCAGCCAUUCCCCCUCCACUCAUCCCUCAUUCCCUUUGCGUUUAUCCCUCUUGCCCUCUGCGCUCAUCCCUCUUCCCUCUUUCCCCCUGUUCUCCCCUCUUUCCCCCUGUGCUCCCCUCUUUCCCCCUGUGCUCCCCUCUUUCCCCCUGCGCUCCCUUCUUUCCCCCUGCGCUCCCCUCUUUCCCCCUGCACUCCCCUCUUUCCCCCUGCGCUCCCCUCUUUCCCCCUGCGCUCCCCUCUUUCCCCCUGCGCUCCCCUCUUUCCCCCUGCGUUCCCCUCUUUCCCCCUGCGCUCUCCUCUUUCCCCCUGCGCUCUCCUCUUUCCCCCUGCGCUCUCCUCUUUCCCCCUGCGCUCUCCUCUUUCCCCCUGCGCUCUCCUCUUUCCCCCUGCGCUCCCCUCUUUCCCCCUGCGCUCCCCUCUUUCCCCCUGCGCUCCCCUCUUUCCCCCUGCGCUCCCCUCUUUCCCCCUGCGCUCCCCUCUUUCCCCCUGCGCUCCCCUCUUUCCCCCUGUGCUCCCCUCUUUCCCCCUGCGCUCUCAAAUUUCCCCUGCGCUCUCCUCUUUCCCCCCGCGCUCCCCUCUACGCUCCCCUCUUUCCCCCUGCGCUCCCCUCUUUCCCCUACGCUCCCCUCUUUCCCCUACGCGCCCCUCUUUCCCCCUACACUCCCCUCAUUCCCCUACGCUCCCCACUUUCCCCCUACGCUCCCCACUUUCCCCCUACGCUCCCCUCUUUCCCCCUACGCUCCCCUCUUUCCCCCUACGCUCCCCUCUUUCCCCCUACGCUCCCCUCUUUCCCCCUACGCUCCCCUCUUUCCCCCGCUCCCCUCUUUCCCCCUGCGCUCCCCUCUUUCCCCCUGCGCUCCCCUCUUUCCCCCUGCGCUCCCCUCUUUCCCCCUGCGCUCCCCUCUUUCCCCCUACGCUCCCCUCUUACCCCCCACGCUCCCCUCUUUCCCCCUACGCUCCCCUCUUUCCCCCUACGCUCCCCUCUUUCCCCCUACGCGCCCCUCUUUCCCCCUACACUCCCCUCAUUCCCCUACGCUCCCCACUUUCCCCCUACGCUCCCCACUUUCCCCCUACGCUCCCCUCUUUCCCCCUACGCUCCCCUCUUUCCCCCUACGCUCCCCUCUUUCCCCCUACGCUCCCCUCUUUCCCCCUGCGCUCCCCUCUUUCCCCCUGCGCUCCCCUCUUUCCCCCUACGCUCCCCUCUUACCCCCCACGCUCCCCUCUUUCCCCCUACGCUCCCCUCUUUCCCCCUACGCUCCCCUCUUUCCCCCUACGCGCCCCUCUUUCCCCCUACACUCCCCUCAUUCCCCUACGCUCCCCACUUUCCCCCUACGCUCCCCACUUUCCCCCUACGCUCCCCUCUUUCCCCCUACGCUCCCCUCUUUCCCCCUACGCUCCCCUCUUUCCCCCUACGCUCCCCUCUUUCCCCCUACGCUCCCCUCUUUCCCCCGCUCCCCUCUUUCCCCCUGCGCUCCCCUCUUUCCCCCUGCGCUCCCCUCUUUCCCCCUGCGCUCCCCUCUUUCCCCCUGCGCUCCCCUCUUUCCCCCUACGCUCCCCUCUUACCCCCCACGCUCCCCUCUUUCCCCCUACGCUCCCCUCUUUCCCCCUACGCUCCCCUCUUUCUCCCUACGCGCCCCUCUUUCCCCCUACACUCCCCUCAUUCCCCUACGCUCCCCACUUUCCCCCUACGCUCCCCACUUUCCCCCUACGCUCCCCUCUUUCCCCCUACGCUCCCCUCUUUCCCCCUACGCUCCCCUCUUUCCCCCUACGCUCCCCUCUUUCCCCCUGCGCUCCCCUCUUUCCCCCUGCGCUCCCCUCUUUCCCCCUACGCUCCCCUCUUACCCCCCACGCUCCCCUCUUUCCCCCUACGCUCCCCUCUUUCCCCCUACGCUCCCCUCUUUCCCCCUACGCGCCCCUCUUUCCCCCUACACUCCCCUCAUUCCCCUACGCUCCCCACUUUCCCCCUACGCUCCCCACUUUCCCCCUACGCUCCCCUCUUUCCCCCUACGCUCCCCUCUUUCCCCCUACGCUCCCCUCUUUCCCCCUACGCUCCCCUCUUUCCCCCGCUCCCCUCUUUCCCCCUGCGCUCCCCUCUUUCCCCCUGCGCUCCCCUCUUUCCCCCUGCGCUCCCCUCUUUCCCCCUGCGCUCCCCUCUUUCCCCCUACGCUCCCCUCUUACCCCCCACGCUCCCCUCUUUCCCCCUACGCUCCCCUCUUUCCCCCUACGCUCCCCUCUUUCCCCCUACGCUCCCCUCUUUCCCCCUACGCUCCCCUCUUUCCCCCGCUCCCCUCUUUCCCCCUGCGCUCCCCUCUUUCCCCCUGCGCUCCCCUCUUUCCCCCUGCGCUCCCCUCUUUCCCCCUGCGCUCCCCUCUUUCCCCCUACGCUCCCCUCUUACCCCCCACGCUCCCCUCUUUCCCCCUACGCUCCCCUCUUUCCCCCUACGCUCCCCACUUUCCCCCUACGCUCCCCUCUUUCCCCCUACGCUCCCCUCUUUCCCCCUACGCUCCCCUCUUUCCCCCUACGCUCCCCUCUUUCCCCCUACGCUCCCCUCUUUCCCCCUGCGCUCCCCUCUUUCCCCCUGCGCUCCCCUCUUUCCCCCUGCGCUCCCCUCUUUCCCCCUGCGCUCCCCUCUUUCCCCCUGCGCUCCCCUCUUUCCCCCUACGCUCCCCUCUUACCCCCCACGCUCCCCUCUUUCCCCCUACGCUCCCCUCUUUCCCCCUACGCUCCCCUCUUUCCCCCUACGCGCCCCUCUUUCCCCCUACACUCCCCUCAUUCCCCUACGCUCCCCACUUUCCCCCUACGCUCCCCACUUUCCCCCUACGCUCCCCUCUUUCCCCCUACGCUCCCCUCUUUCCCCCUACGCUCCCCUCUUUCCCCCUACGCUCCCCUCUUUCCCCCGCUCCCCUCUUUCCCCCUGCGCUCCCCUCUUUCCCCCUGCGCUCCCCUCUUUCCCCCUGCGCUCCCCUCUAUCCCCCUGCGCUCCCCUCUUUCCCCCUACGCUCCCCUCUUACCCCCCACGCUCCCCUCUUUCCCCUACGCUCCCCUCUUUCCCCCUACGCUCCCCUCUUUCCCCCUACGCUCCCCUCUUUCCCCCUACGCUCCCCUCUUUCCCCCUGCGCUCCCCUCUUUCCCCGUGCACACAACCAUUCUCCCUGCGUUUACCAAUCAUUCCCCAGGCUGA